AUGACGAGCGACGACCAGUUCUUUUUUGACUACCUCGCGUCUAUACCCCAUGACGUAAGGCGGUAUUCACUCAAAGUCGCAGACUCGAUCGAUCGGCAAGUCGACUAUGCCGCGCACGCGAUCAAGGAUACGCUAGCCCAGCAGACAUGGCUACCGCCAACUGUUCGUCCGGCUCGUGUUUCCCCGAGAAUCCGGUCAUCACAAGGCCUGACGGACCGGAUCCAAAAUUGGAUGGCUCAGAAUCGCGCCUGGACGGCGGCCAUGCUCGCCUUUAUCGGAACCGGCGUUGUCUUAUACUAUGGAAACAAAAAAUUACACGGAAAACGAAGAAAGGCUAGAAGGGCGAGCAGCGGCGCAAGGAAAGAGAUUGUUGUUGUUGCCGGAUCGCCACAUGAGCCGAUUGUAAGGGCUAUUGCUAUGGAUUUGGAACGUCGAGGAUAUAUUGUAUAUGUGACUGUAUCUUCCGCGGAUGAAGAGCAUAUCAUCAGGUCCGAGAACCGUGUUGACAUCAAGGCUCUCUGGUUGGACCUUACAGCUGCAAGUGCUACUUCCUCCUCGCCGUCCGAAACCCAUCCUUCAUUGCAAGAGCUUCGCUCCUUGAUCACUCAACCACAGUCCCCUAUCGCCGGCGUGCCUCCGCACACCUGCCAACUGAGCGGCCUUGUCGUGGUCCCAUCGCCCAAUUAUAGCGCAGGCCCUGUCGCAACCAUCCCGCCGUCAUCGUGGGCUGACACGGUCAACACCCGUCUCCUCUCGCCUAUCCUCACAGUGCAGGCAUUCCUCCCCCUGCUGACUCUCCGCAGCAAUAAUAGCACUGUUAUAUUUGCCAAUCCCUCCAUCUCAUCCUCCCUUUCCGCACCAUUUGCCGGCCCCGAGGUCACCACAACUCGAGCAAUCUCAGGCUUCGCAGCCUCGCUUCGCCAGGAACUUCGUCUCCUUGAACAGGGUAAUGUCGAUGUCGUCGAGCUGCAGCUAGGCAACAUCGACUUGGGGCCUACAUACCGCAAUGGCCAGCGUCAGCUUGCAGGCACAGAAGUCCUCGCAUGGAGUACCCAGCAGCGAGCCCUUUACGCCUCACAGUAUCUGUCCAGCGUUGAGCAGCGCCCGGUUGCCUCUGCUGGUCCUAGCACAGUACGCGGAUCUCCGGCGCGGAACCUCCAUUACGCGAUUUUGGAUGCUUUGGAGCCCACCUCGCGAGAUCUUUUCGGCCGGAAAGUGUCCAAGAAGCCUGUAAUGUAUGCGGGCCGGGGAGCUUGGUCGUACAGUCUGAUCGGGGCCUGGAUCCCCAGUGGACUUGUUGCAUUGAUGAUGGGGUACCGCAGUGGGAAUGGGACGAACUCCGACACCCCGAGUGGCAGCGGCAGUGAAACCAGCUGGGAGAGAGUUUAA